UGUUAUAUAUACACACCCACAUUUCUUAUACAUUCCCUUCUCUCUUUCUCCCUCUAAACGUCCCUUUUUUAUCUCUCUAUCUCUAUCUGCCUCCGCUCUGUAUCUAUACUCCAACCCCCUCUCUUAUACGCCGAUUGUCGGUGCCAGAUCCCGCUCUUCCACCACCCUCUGGGGUUACUUCAGAUCUACCCUAUCCAAAAUCUUGAUAUAUACGUGUAUAUAUAAUAGGGAUUUCUUGGAGGGGCAUUGGGGGAGGUGGUGGGGAGAAGUUCUGGGCCGUCGUUCAGAGGGGAGGAGUGUAUGAGGGAUUUUGAGUCUCUGGAUUUGUUCGUCUGGGAUAAUUCAAGAAGGAUUAGGUGGGAUUGCUCGUUAACUAUCCGGAGCCGAGGUCGGUGGGGAAAAUGCGGAUGAAUUGUUGAACGUAAUUCUUGUACCUUUUAUUUUUUGAAUUUGAAGGCGUUGAUUCGGGGGAGCUGAUUUUUCCAAUCGCUGGUUUUGUUAGGGUUUUGGUGAGACUGUAGAAAUCAUGCAGCCUGAUCAUCGGAAAAAAACUUCAACAGAGAUGGAGUUCUUCUCUGAAUAUGGUGAUGCAAAUAGAUACAAGAUUCAUGAGGUCAUAGGGAAAGGUAGUUAUGGAGUUGUAUGCUCAGCAAUUGACACCCAUACUGGGGAGAAGGUUGCGAUUAAGAAAAUACAUGAUAUUUUUGAACACAUAUCUGAUGCUGCUAGAAUUCUGCGCGAGAUAAAGCUUUUGAGGCUUCUAAGGCAUCCUGAUAUAGUAGAAAUCAAGCAUAUUAUGCUCCCACCUUCAAACCGGGAAUUCAAAGAUAUUUAUGUUGUCUUUGAGCUAAUGGAAUCAGAUCUCCAUCAAGUCAUCAAAGCUAAUGAUGAUUUGACUCGAGAACACUAUCAGUUUUUUCUUUAUCAGCUUCUUCGUGCCCUAAAAUAUAUACACACUGCUAAUGUCUAUCAUCGAGAUCUUAAACCGAAGAAUAUUUUAGCCAAUGCAAACUGUAAACUCAAAAUUUGUGAUUUUGGGUUGGCUAGAGUUGCUUUUAAUGAUACACCUACUACAAUAUUUUGGACGGACUAUGUUGCUACAAGAUGGUAUAGAGCUCCAGAGUUGUGCGGUUCAUUUUUCUCGAAGUAUACUCCUGCUAUUGAUAUAUGGAGCAUUGGCUGUAUCUUUGCUGAGGUUUUAAGUGGAAAGCCCUUAUUCCCGGGCAAAAAUGUGGUUCAUCAGCUGGAUUUAAUGACUGACCUGCUUGGAACACCUUCAAUGGACACCAUAUCACGAGUGAGGAAUGACAAGGCAAGAAGAUACCUCAAUAGUAUGCGAAAGAAACAACCCUUUCCUUUUUCUCAUAAAUUUCCUAAUGCUGAUCCUUUGGCCCUCCGUCUUCUUGAAAGGCUCUUAGCUUUUGAUCCAAAGGAUAGGCCCACUGCUGAGGAGGCACUGGCUGAUCCAUACUUCAGAGGACUUGCUAAAGCUGAGAGGGAACCAUCUUGCAACCCGAUUUCCAAACUGGAGUUUGAAUUUGAGAGGCGAAAGGUGACAAAGGAGGACGUAAGGGAAUUAAUAUUCAGGGAGAUACUAGAAUAUCACCCUCAGCUUAGAAAAGAUUACAUGAAUGGAGAAAGAGCCAACUUUUUAUAUCCGAGCGCUGUUGAUCAAUUUCGGAAACAGUUUGCUCACCUGGAAGAAAAUGGUGGUAAAGCUGGGCCUAUAACUCCAGCAGAGAGAAAACAUGUAUCUCUUCCUAGGUCUUCGGUUAUACAUUCUACUACAACGCUUCCUAAAAAACAAACUAAUUCAAAAGACCAGCAAAACGGGGAGGAGUUGUCAUGCAAUAGAAACUACAGAGGACCUGAUGGGGGUCUGCCAAGAACCUUGCAGUCACAACAGAGGAUUUACCCAGCAAAACCAGGAAAGGUGGUGGGCUCUCCAAUCUUGCCAUACGACACUGGAAAUCUAGUCAAGACCGCACAGAUAAUGCCAUCAGUGUAUGGGUAUCCGAGAUGUGGGGCAGCUAAGCAGGAAAGGCCUGCAACAGCCGAGACUCGUGAGCUGUCUUCUACACAAAUGAAACAGCAAAUGGUUCAUUGUGGUAUGGCUGCGAAACUGGCACCUGAUAUUGCUAUCACCAUUGAUAGCAGCCCAUUCUAUGCGACCCGGGGUGGCAUGAAGAAAGCAGAUCAUGUUGGUGAUGGAAUCAGCAUCGACACCAAUUUGCUGCAGCAGGCUAAAGGUCAAUACGGUGGAGGGAUUGGUGUUGCUGCUAGUGCUGCUGCUGCUCAUAGAAAAGUAGGGACUAUUCAGUUUGGCAUUUCAAGGAUGUAUUAGGGUCGGAGAAGCAAGAGAUAGAGAGCAUGGGGGGAGGGCGUGGAACGGUGGAAGGGGUGUAUAGAGAAAAGAUUGGUUUUUUAGUUAAUCAGAAACUGUUUGCUUUUUGUUGUUGGAAUUGGGAUUACAUGUUAGUAAAAUUAAAAUUUAAGCGUUUUUAAACUUCAUUCCGAUAUGUACCAUUUUUUUUUUGAAACCGGAAAAUAAGUAUAGAACUAGAGUUGGA